AUGAAUUAUCAACAGCCGUAUUCUGCUUCCGCCCAAACACCGUCAGCUUCAGCGGCUACUGCUGUGACUGCUAGUGGUGCACCUGGAGCUCCAUCUGCUGCCUCUCAACCUCCAACUGGUGGCCCGGCUCCAGCAUCUUCAGCUGCCCCAGGUGCCUCCUCAUACUCAUCCCAGUAUCAACAAGUUGCCGUUCAACAACAGCAACAGCAACAACAGCCAGAUCAGUACGUUGUUAAUGCUCAAUUUGCAAGGUACCCACUGCUGGCGUACAACUACUACCAAAGUGGCCAACAACCACAACAACAACCAGCCCCACAACAACAACAACAACAUCAACAACAACAACAACCAGCCCCACAACAACUGCAACAACAACAACUUCCACAACUGCAGCAACAAGGUCAGCAGCAACAAGGUAACUACAACCAACAGUACUCCGCAGGUCAACAACAGCAAUAUUACAACCAACAGGCACAACAACUGUCACAGCAACAACAACAGCCACCACAAUCAGGUACAGCAGCAGCAGCGGCCGCAGCCGCAGCCACAAGUCUGGUAUACUCUCAGUACCCUCAACAGCAAAGUGGUCAAGGUGGAUCAAGCACUAGUGGUGGAUACCAGGCUACUUCAGGAGCUCCACAAUAUGUCGGGGUACAAUAUCCACCUGGAGCACCAGCCAAUUAUGGAUAUAGUGGCAUUGCAGCUAGUAGUGGAGCACCACAACUGACUGCUUCUUCCACUAGAGCCCCUACAGCUACCUCAUCAACAGCUAUCACUCAGGAUACUCUCAACCCCAACUCGCAAUCAACAGUUGGGCAGUUGCAACCUCUUGGGAUCCGUCCGAGGGUCACCACCACCAUGUGGGAAGACGAGAAAACUCUCUGCUAUCAAGUAGAUGCCAACAAUGUGGCUGUUGUUAGAAGAGCAGAUAAUAACAUGAUCAACGGAACCAAGUUGUUGAAUGUGGCUAACAUGACUCGUGGACGUCGUGAUGGGAUCUUAAAACUGGAGAAGGUGAGACAUGUUGUAAAGAUUGGAUCGAUGCACUUGAAGGGAGUUUGGAUUCCAUUUGAACGAGCUUUGGCCAUGGCUCAACGUGAAGGGAUCAUUGACUUAUUGUAUCCAUUAUUUGUUCGUGAUAUCAAAAGGGUUAUUCAAACCGGGGUUACCCCACAAGCUGCUCAACAAACCAAUGCUUCUGCAGUAUCUUCAGGUGGGUCAGUUCCAACUCCAGCAACUGCAGAUUCAAAUACUGUCACCAGAUCUACUUCAGGAACAGCUACAACCACCACAAACACAACUAAUGCUGCUGAAGAUUCAACCAAUACAUCAUCUACAGGAAUUGAUGCUAAGCAGUCUUCAGCAUACUAUCAGUCGUACAACCAACAAUAUUUGAAUGGGAAUGGUAAAGCUGCUGCUGCAGGUUCAAGUGCUGGGAAUGGUGCUUCCAGUACAGCUGGAGCAUCUACAUCACCAGAUUUGAGAAGUCAAUCUCAACAAGCUGGUCAAUAUGGUCAACAACUGCAGUAUUAUUAUCCUCAAAAUCAGGCUCAAUAUUAUGGAUCGACUCAACAACCAGGUACAGCAGCUACGACAUCUGCUGCCCAAGGCCAGCAAUAUUACUACCAGAAUGCAGCUUAUGGUUACAAUCAACCAAUGUACUACGGGUAUUCAGCAAUGCAACAACAGGCUCCAGGACAACCACAACAAGCAGUACAAGCUGGAGCCGGAGGUCAAUCUCCACAAACAGGAUUGGCCGGUGGUGGUUCAACUUCUAACGCUAAUGCAAACGCUGCAAGUGGUGCUUCCGGUAGUGCUGACAAGAAGGAAGAUUAA